GCACGUCCUCAGGUGCCUCCCACGCCCCCGGGGUUUUUGGGAUCCUCCCCUCGUCUCCCAUUUUUUUUUUUCCCAAACCCGAUCCUGUUCCCUUUAUAUUUGGAGCUUCCCGGAGCUGCUUCUCCUCCUCCCUGGAAUUUUUCCCGGCUGCAACGAUGGAAGCUGAAUCCGUCCCUCCGCAGGUGGAAUCCGGCACGGGAAAAUGCGGAUCCUGCGGUCCUGGCUACGCCUCCCCUCUGGAUGCCAUGAAAGGCCCUCGGGAAGAGAUCAUCUACGUGCCCUGCAUCUACAGGAACACCGGGAAGAAAAUUCCUGAUUUUCUGGCCACGGUGGACGUGGAUCCCAAAUCCCCCUGCUACAGCCAGGUGAUCCAUCGGCUGCCCAUGCCCAACGUGGGGGACGAGCUGCACCACUCGGGCUGGAACGUCUGCAGCAGCUGCUUCGGGGAGCGCGGCAGGAGCCGCAACCGCCUGGUGCUGCCCGGCCUCGUCUCCUCGCGCAUCUACGUGGUGGACGUGGGCACGGAGCCCCGGGCGCCGCGGCUGUGCCAGGUGGUGAAUCCCGAGGAUGUGUUCUGGAAGUGCGGCCUGGGAUACCCCCACACCUCCCACUGCCUGGGAAGCGGAGAGGUCAUGAUCAGCACCUUGGGAGACCCGGCUGGAAACGGGAAAGGGGGAUUCAUCCUGCUGGACGCCGAGACCUUCGAGGUCAAGGGCACCUGGGAGAAGGGGGACGAGGCUCCCCCCAUGGGCUACGACUUCUGGUACCAGCCCCGGCACAACGUCCUCAUCAGCACCGAGUGGGGCAUUCCCAAAGUCCUGGGAUACGGAUUCGAUCCCAACGACCUCGGCAAAGGGCGUUACGGACGCCGGCUCAACGUGUGGGACUGGAGCACCCACAGGUACAUCCAGGCCAUCGACGUGGGCGAGGAUUCGGCUCCGUUGGAAAUCCGCUUCCUCCACAACCCCAACGCCUCCGAGGGCUUCGUGGGCUGCACCAUCAGCAGCGCCAUCCACCGCUUCUACAAGACCGAGCACGGCGAUUGGGCGGCCGAGAAGGUGAUCCAGGUGCCCAGCAAGAAGGUGGAGGGCUGGCUCCUCCCGGAGAUGCCAGGAUUCAUCACGGACAUCCUGAUCUCCCUGGACGACAGAUUCCUGUACUUCAGCAACUGGAUCCACGGCGACGUCCGGCAGUACGACAUCUCCGACACGCGGCGGCCCAAACUCGUGGGCCAGGUGUUUUUGGGCGGCAGCAUCACCAAGGGAGGGCCGGUGAGGGUGUGUGAGGAUGAGGAGCUGCAGAGCCAACCGGAGCCCUUCGUCAUCCAGGGAAAGAAGAUUCCGGGGGGUCCGCAGAUGCUGCAGCUGAGCCUGGACGGGAGGAGGCUCUACGUGAGCACGUCCCUGUUCAGCGCCUGGGACCGGCAGUUCUACCCCGAGCUCAUCAGGGACGGGGCCGUGAUGCUGCAGCUGGACGUGGACACGGAGCGGGGCGGGCUGAGCGUGAAUCCCAAAUUCCUGGUGGAUUUCGGGAAGGAGCCGGGCGGGCCCUGCCUGGCGCACGAGAUGCGCUACCCGGGGGGGGACUGCACCUCCGACAUCUGGCUCUGAUCCCAGGAAAUUCGGGAAUUCGGGAUUCGGGAAUGCGGGAAUGCGGGGACUGCACCUCCGACAUCUGGGUCUGAUCCCAGGAAAUUCGGGAAUGCGGGAAUUCGGGAAUGCGGGGAUUGCACCUCCAACAUCUGGGUCUGAGCGGGAAUUCGGGAAUGCGGGAUUCGGGAAUGCGGGAAUUCGGGAAUGCAGGGAUUGCACCUCCGACAUCUGGGUCUGACUGGGAAUUCGGGAAUGCGGGGACUGCACCUCCGACAUCGGCGUGAGACCCCCGGGAUUUGGGAAUGGGGGAAUUUGGGGUUUGGGAAUUCGGGAAUUCCAGGAGUUGGGAAUAUGCGUGACCCGCGGGAUGAAAUAAAUCCAAAGGGAUCCUUC